CGGAGGGACUGGACCGAACGGGACGGGAUGGGACGGGAUGGGAUAGGAUGAUGGACGGGACGGGCGAAUCCGUGCUCCCGGCCCCGCUCCCCGCCGCCUUCUUGCGGGCCGGUAGUCAGUGAGUUCUCCAGGGACCGCUGCUGGGUCUCAUUCACCGUGUCCAUGACCGUGUCCAUGACCGACCUGCAUGAAAGGACCCUGAGCGGGUCUGGCGAUGAUGCGGAACGCGCGGCAGCGGCUCAUCCACCUGAAGGCUGUCCGUCCAGCAGGGCCUUCAUCAACUGGAGAAUUGGGCAAAGAGAAACGUAAUGAUUUAUUAGAAUAACCUAAUGAAGCUCAGCAAGAGCAAGUGUAGGACCCUGCACCUGCGGAGGAAUAGUCCCAAGUACCAGUGGAAUCCUGGCAUGCAUCAGGAAGAGUGUGACCAGCAGGUGCAGCCAUGGUGUCCAAAAAGCAGCUGGCAGAUUUUGGCUACAAGGCCUUCUCUGGCUCCAUGAUGCUGCUGACGGUGUACGCUGGGUACCUGUGCAGUGUCCGCGUCCAAAGGAUGCUCCAGCACCGCCGCCAGCGGGAGAACGCGCCCGGCCCCGAGAGCUGAGCCCAUGCUGGGACCGGCCCCAGGAGCUGGGACCAGCUCCACCUUCCCUGUCCCCCCUGGGCUGGGGGAGGCAGAUGGAGUGCAAUAAAACCUGUGUGAAAGUG